AUGUUCAGGCCAUAUGAGCGAGAAUCCAGAGAGGUGGACCGCCCACAGAGAAGUAGGAAGCCGCCAGCAUAUCUACGGGACUACGAGGUCAGUUACCCUGAGAGGUACCACGUACCCUAUGAUGACCAGACUAAGCGGCUGUCUUCUCCAGAGAUUAUCAGGUCCAUUCAUAACAUGAGAGAGGAAAAUCAGAAGCUGUCCAGAGAUGUCCAACGCCUUGUAGACAUGAUCCAAAGUGCUCCUGCAGCAUCCUCACACCCCCAGUCACUGCCUGAGCGCCAGAAGGAAACCUCUACACCAGCACCCACCAGUCGGCAGACGGCAGCAAGUGGUUUCUGGGACCCACGUCCGCCUACUCUAAGUGCCCUACCAGGGAUCAAAGAAGUUUCUCCUACUCGACCAGGCAUCGGGAAUGACAUAGUGGAGAACCUCAGAAGACGCUUGCAGGAGUCGGGAUUAAAGGAUGAAGAAGAUGAACAAGAUGAUAAAGUGAUUCAAGCGCAUUCACCCACGCCAGAUCAGUCACGUCGCCAUAGUGACAGAGGCUCCCCAUUACCCAUUAGAGAGAGCUACACGUUCGGUGAUAGCCCCCCUCACCGUAAAACUGAUUGGGCUGAUGUCAAGCCACGGUACAAAGAGGAGGACUACGAUCGCUAUGAUGGCCGCGCCUAUCACCGUGACGACAAGUACCGCACUUCUCCACCUCGCCCAAGUUACCCACAGUACAGUCGUGCGUACAGUUAUCCUGCUCCAUCCUACCGGCCCAGUAGUCCCAGAGCUCGUCCGGACAGCCGCUACUAUGGGUAUGAGAGGGGUUACUCACCAGGUUAUCGAGACCGACCAGAUGACUAUUACAGUUCUGGAUAUGGACGUGAAAGGAGAUCAAGGGAAGGUAGAUACUCACCUGAUCCACCACCUCGAUCACCACACCGAUCAGGGUCCUAUCGCGGACCCAAGCCGACUAUCCCAGACUUUAAGACAGAGGAUCCACGUGAGUUUGCAAGACUGAAACUGGCCCUGGACAACCUACUCUCGUAUGAUGCUUCGGAGCACUUUAAGUUUCAAAUACUCACAGAUCAUCUCAAAUGUGAAGAGGCACUACUUAUCGCUGACUCCUACAGCAACAGUCCGUACCCAUUCACGGAUACCAUGAGAGCACUCAACGAGAUGUAUGGCCAACCUCAGCAGCUAGCUCUGAAGAGGAUUUCCAAUCUGAUGGAUGGGCCCAACAUAAGGACUGGAGACAUUAGAGCAUUCAAGUCAUUUGCUCUUCAAGUUCGUGCACUAGUUGGGAUGCUACACCAGCUAGGAAGGGAAGGUUACGCAGAGCUGAGAUGCGGCUCACAUGUCUCUCGCCUCUUAGCUAAGUUGCCACACGACCUAAGAGCCAACUUCCACCGAUAUGUGAAUCCCAUCAACACUCCUAUUCCCACACUUCUCGACCUGGCUGACUGGCUUGAAUAUGAGGUGAGAAUUCAAGUCAGCGGUGACCAGCACAGCAGUUACUCUCCCAGAGAGAGACAAGCUCCAUCUAAGAAUCGACGUCCCGACUACAAGUCACAGAAGUCCACCACCAUUCUCCUCGGCAGUGAGUCUGUAGAGUCAAAUGAGAAAAUGGCUAGUGCUCCAGUUCCUGCCAAAGAGGGAACAAAUGAAAAGCCCAAGAAAUACUGUCCGUUCUGCGAUUCAGUGCAACACUACAUGAACCAGUGCAGCAACUUCAAACUCAUGUCAAUGGAUCAGAAGACACAGUGGAUUAAAACGCAUAACAGAUGCUGGAGAUGUGGACGUGAGCACCAGGCAGCUAAAUGCAAUCUUAAAGCUAAGUGCAAACAGUGCGAGAGGAAGCACCUGGACGUCCUCCAUGAGGUGAACACCAGCCAAAGCGCCACAGCAACUGCUAACACCAAAGCACCAGAAGCAAGCACCUGCCUUGUGAGCUCAGUGUCAGAGACCCUGUACCUUGAUCGUCCAGCCAGUAGCCGCCAAGUUUUACUCAAGUUGAGCCGAGUCAUCCUCCAUAGCGGCAAUAAGAACCUGUCCUGCUUCGGCUUGAGGACGCCGCUGGAAGUGUGGAUGUGCCGGAAAAGGAUGCAGACGAUGUGGAGGGGUCUUCGAUUGGGAGUACGCAGGAAGAAGAGCUGCAGCGAGAAGCUCCACGCCCACAAAGAAAACGUUGCCACGUUACCCGAGUGA